UUGCGAGUGGCAACCCUGUUUCACAAUCCAGAAUCCACUUGUGUUCCCAAUUCAAAUCCAAGAAGAAGCCUCCCGCAAAAACAAGCAUGGAACACCUCGCGAGCGGCAGUGAUGAGGACCUCAGCGACGAAGAGGCUGCUGGUGUAGCUCUAGUUGCAGUUGUUUUGGCGUCUCAGGGCAGGGAUAAGCGCAAACGUCCCAGAAGAUGGUGGGUCCGCCCUUGCUUCCAUGAAAGAGACGAGAAGGGACAGGGAACGAGCCUCGUUCCCCUGUUGCGUUCGCGGGACGUGGAGUACUACCGCGAGAUGCCUCCCAGCGCGUUUGACACGAUCCUGGACCUGGUCCGCGACCGGAUCAAGAAAGAGGACACGAACCUCCGGAAGGCCAUUCCUCCUGACGUGCGCCUCGCACUAACGAUAAGAUUUCUUGGUGCUGGGGAGACACUACGGAGCUCAUCCUUCAACUUCCUGAUCGGAAGGUCGACCUGCUGUGGAAUUGUUUCCGAGGUGUGUACCGCCCUGUGGGAGGUGCUUGGGCCUCUUUACGUAGCCUGUCCGGAACAGCCAGAGGAGUGGAAAAAGGUCGCUGCUGAUUUUGAAGACAGAUGGAAUGUCCCAAACUGCAUAGGAGCAAUUGACGGCAAGCAUGUUAUCAUUGAGUGCCCAAAGCUGUCUGGCAGCCUUAACCACAACUAUAAAGGCUCCUUCAGCAAGUCACUGCUGGCCAUUAGCGAUGCAAGAUACAGGUUUCUCUAUGUUGAAAUAGGACACCACGGCAGUGAGAGCGACGGGGGAAUUUUCGCCCGCAGCCAGCUUCAGCGGCGCAUUAAUUGUGGGGAGCAGGGGCUGCCUCCUCCAGCGGCAGUUGGAGAGGAAGGGGACCUGUCAUACUUC